AUGACUUUUGACAGCAACAACGAGUCCGAUGACGACGCCAACGGUCCUAGAGUGGCCGUGUCCCUCUCUAGAGGUGCAAAGUGGCGCCGCCUAUCGCCUCCACCCUCGACGAUGGCUUCCACCGCCGCCGGCACCACUAUAUCAAGCGGUGUCUCAAGCUUUGUGCCACAAACACCUCGUGUGGCAAUCCCGGAACUACACAUUCACCUCUCUUAUUUCGCUAUAGAUAGAGAUUACUGUACUGUUACGAUGUUCUUAUCAAAAGUAACUGCUGUAUUGUGGACUACCGUUAUGGCAGUGAAAUAUCCCAAUGAGAUCUCGGAAACUCCUUUAGUAUUAUGCGAACCAGAGCGGAUAGUAGUCAAG